CCGAAUAGCCGAUGAAUAGUAUCAAACGAAUAUCAGCGUAUAGUUACAGAUGAAUACUACGCACUCACGCAGGAUACGGUAAUGUAUAACGUCAUGUUUCGAGAUGUUUAGCAGCAACACUUGCUUCUCAAGAAUGGUCUGGUGGACAACAAGUGUACAGAAGCGAAUUAAAUGUCACUCAGUGGCAAGCUUACGCCAUUGAGAAUAAUUCUCAAUGCUUACGCAAUGAUUACUUCUGUCACCCAAUGUGGGUUAUAUGUCAGACUCAAAUGCCACAUCAUUUGUGGUACGUUAAGAAUCACAUGCGGAUGGGAUUGAUGGACCAUUGUAAAUCUAAGUUUAUCGUCGGUUUUACGCUGCGGAAACGGUAUCGAAGAACACCCCAGUUGACCCCAGUAUACAGUUGUUACUCUCUCAUGAAUGUGUGAAAACAUACUCGUUUAGAUAACCUUAAAGUUGCAACUAUACAUAUAUAUACCUAUGAAUUUUUGAAUUAAUUUCAAUACGGUAACGAAAUGACUCCAAGGUCAAGAUUGGAGAUUGAUGUUAGAAGGCUGUUGGCACGUUGUGAGCUUAUGGCUAAAGAUGACCAGCAAAGCGAUUGGAGACUCGAAAAGUACAUACUUGCCCUAGACAACUUGGUCAAAGAGCUUCAAACACUACCAAAUAAACCAUCUAAGGAUACAAUUAUGGAAUAUGCCAGGAGGGUAGAAUUUUUAAAAGGUGUUGUUAGUACCGCUAAAUUGUCAAAUCCUGUAGAAAGAGUUGCGGCUGCACAAAUGCUAUCCAAAACUCCGAUAUCAACAAUGGAUAUAUCACGACCAAAUAUUGCAACACAAAUACAUCAAAAAACCACUGCCAAGUAUGCCAAAGAACUACGAGAUGAAUUAUUUGAUGAAAAGGGAUCAUCUGAUGAUGGUCUGAGACAGAGAUUCUCUGUAACGAAUGUUCAUGAGGAGAAUUUAGAUGCUAUACUGAAGUACAAUAGGAAUAUACAGGAAAAAAUAGCAGAGAAUAUGCUAUCGAUGAUUGGUAAUAUGAAAGAACAUGCUCUUACUGCCAGUACAGUUAUCCGCAAAGAUAUAGGGUCUUUAGAAAAGUCCGAGAAAUUAACAGACCUGAACACAGAGAAAUUGAAAACGGAAUCCGUAAAGCUAGAAGAGCAUACAAAAUCGAAUUGGCGAUGCUGGGUGUGGGUGAUGGUGGCUUUUGUUCUAGUCGUAUUUUUCAGUAAGUAUACAUAUAAUUUCAAUUACAUUUCACAUUCAACAAGUAAUCAACAUUCGAUGGUUUCCAGAUAUGGUGUUGUUUAUGAAGAUUUCGAAAAAAAAAAUUGUACAUUCCUAAAAAAUUAUCCAGACCCCCGAUAUUUUUACAAUUCAGUGUAAAAUGUUUAUCGAAUAAAAUUUAAUUUCAAGACCA